AUGUUAGUAGAUCUGGACUUCAACUAUGAGGAAACCACAGCAGCCAUGGUUAAAUUUCGUCAAGAGGAUAUCGAGGAACUCCGACAGUGGAGUAUAAAAAUUGACAAUUCAAAAUGUAUUCCCAAAAAUUUAAGUGAUAAACAAAUUGUUCUAUUUUAUAAUGUGUGUUAUGGUGAUCUAGAAAAGACUAAAAUGUGUAUUGAAAAGUAUUACACUUAUAGAAAUAAUGCUCCAGAAUUAUUCGAUUACCGGAUUUGGAAUCCAGACUUGAAACAGGCUGCCGAGGUCCUUGAAGUGUUCCAUGUUCCUGGCAAGUCUUCUGAAGGGUACGAGAUUAUCUACCACCGUCUGCACAAUACUGACCCUUCAUAUUUCGAUCUGGUAACCUUUUGUAAACUACUAUUUAUGGUCGUGGAUCUCUCUCUAACAAAACGAGGCCCUCAGCCAGGUUAUAUUGUCCUCUUCGACAUGGAAGGAAUUAAAAUGGGUCAUCUCACUCGAAUUAACUUAUCAAUAGUUCGGAAAAUCUUCCAAUAUGUCCAAGAAGCUGUUCCUGUUCGCGUUCAGGCCAUCCAUGUAUUGAACACCGAACCAAUUUUGGACAAAUUGCUGUCACUGACGAAGCCAUUUCUGGACAGUCAACUUCUCCAAACGAUCCACUUUUACAAGAAACACGAAGUUCCUGAAAAGAUACAUAAAAUAGUUCCAAAGUCAUCUUUGCCCUCAGACUAUGGGGGUACUCUUCCAGACACGCAGACACUUCAUAAAAAGUGUAUGGAAGACCUUAAACUGCUGGAAGAUUAUUUUAAAACUGAGGAGGAGCAAAGAUUAGCAGCGAUGUCUGACAGAAAUGGGGCUAACUCACUAGAGGGAACGUUUAGAAAAUUGGAUAUUGAUUAG